GUUUCUUUGCAUAGCGAUAGCAAGAACGUUGAGAGCUUUCUCAAGUUUGGGUUAGGUGGGAAAGCAUGGCCACAUCUGGGGAGAAGAAUGAAGUUGCGUCCUUGGAGCUCCCUGCUCCUCCUGCCUGGAAAAAAACGUUUAUCCCCAAAGCAAAGAAAAAUGAGAUCAUAUUUACUUCUCCAACUGGGGAAGAGUUCACUAGCAAAAAGCAGUUGGAGCAGUAUCUGAAAUCCAACCCUGGUGGUCCUCCGAUAUCCGAGUUUGACUGGGGAACUGGUGAAACCCCUAGGAGAUCAGCAAGGAUCAGCGAGAAGGCGAAGACUGCUCCACCGCCUCCUGAAAGCGAGCCUCCUAAAAAACGAGGCAGAAAAUCGUCAACUCCAAAGAAAGAGGAAAAACCCGAGGAUUCUGCAGCUGUGGAUCCCGACAGUGAUGCCAAGGAGAAGGAAGAUGAGACUGAGGAAUCCAAGAACGAUGGCACGAAGGAGAAUGAAGAUGAAACCCGAAUUGCUGAUGAUGGCAAAGCAGAAGAAGAUGCUCCUUCUGAACAGGAAAUGCAGACCAAUGCUGGGGAAGAUGUCAAAAUGGUAGAGAAUGCUGAAGAUGAGGAGAAGAAUGCUGAAGAUGAUAAAGGUAAGCAGGCAACAGCAGAGAAGCAGGACGACAAAGAGGGUAGCACUGGUGAUGCAAAGCCAAACGAAGCAGGAGUCGAGAAACAUGAACACAAGGAUUGUACAAUGGAGGAGCAGAAAGAUUCAGUUAACAACGAGGUGAACAAAGUAGAGGGGGAAGUGACAGUGAAUGGCGGGAAACCCGAGGAGCCAAGCUCUUGAGUCACGAGAUGGAGAUGGAGUUAAUAAUUGAGUUGCUUCUCGAUCUAAUCCAGUUUUAACACCUCAGAUCAGUCUUGUGGCUUAUUUUGACAAUUGUUAAUGAUAGAUACACUCUGACUGUUGAUGGGACAUAUUCCAUAUGUUGUAAAAUUGUAGAAAGGAUUUGUAGCAUGCAGACUCCAUCUGUGUCUUUACUAUAACACCUCUUAGCCCAGACUUAUGUUAGGUUGCAUGUUGAUGUUGAUGUUGGUGUCGAUGUUGUUGUUCACACAACUACUCAUUCUGCUGUAAUAAGCAAUGUCGACUCCUUCAUACUUCCUAUAUCAUAUGCCACUCUCUCC